AUGAUCCCGUUCACUGAAGACGCUGCCGACAUGGCCAUGGGUUUCCUCGACCACAUCCCGUGGGGAUCGCACAUGCACCACACUAUCAAGCCCGUCGAGAUGGACCCCGUGCCCGAAAUCAAUGCCAAGGGCGGACGCACUAUCCCUCCGCAGGGAUGGCACACGGUGUACUCGGUGGUGGUCACUGAGGACAUGUGCAACCCGAUGCAGAACCUCCAUGGCGCGUGCUCGGCCUGUCUGGUAGACUCCGUAUCGUCGGCUUCCAUGUCCCUCCUCGCUACUGAGUCAUUCUGGGCGCCCCCCAUGCUCUCGGGCGUCUCGGUGACCCUUGACAUGCAGUACCUCAACCCUGCUCCAUGUGGCCGCAAGUUGCGCCUGACGUGCAUUGUCGAGCACAUGACUACCAGCAUGGCCAACAUCCGCGUAGUGCUCGCCGACUGGGACACGGGCGUGCGCUUCGCGUCGGGCGUCCACGUCAAGACAUGGCGUGGUGCUAUUGUCAAGGCCAAGCUUUAG